CAUUUUAUAUAUUAUGACAACAAAAUUCGUCAUUGAAAAGUGCCAUGUCAUAUUGAUAAACGUCAUAAUCAUUUGUUGCAUGAGCUCCACAUAACCAGUGUGCUGCUUCUUAGUGACGUUUUCUUUGAAGUAAUGACAGUAUGUAAAUGUCACAAAAUCUAUGACGAAGUAGAAUCGUCAUAAUUUUAAUGACAGAAAAACUUCAAUUCGUCAUAGAACAUGUUUAGCCACGUCACAUAGAUGACAAACAAAAAACGUCACACAAGCGUCAUAGAUUUCAAUAUAUGACAUAUAUUCACUUAUCAAUGACAAAAGUUGAAUGUCAUAGAAGGUAAGCUGUGUUGUAGUGUCACUGAGGUUAGUUCUGUGUCAGUGUAAUAUGUUGUUCAUUUUCAUGUAAUUCUUGCUUCUAAUAUUAUAGAAAGAAUUCGGAUAGGCAGAUAAGAACAUGUCGAUGAUUUUGAUAUUUUCAGAAAUAAGGAUUUCUAUGGUGCAUGUUAUUUAAAAAACAAGCCAACUAUAGCUUGUGUGAGGUCAUAGGUGCUUGCAAUUAUUGGAACUGGUCCAUGCAAAUCAUUUUUGCUCAAAAUCCAACUUGGCCAAUCAUUAGUAGGUCAAGUUAUAUUCAUGAAACCUUUUGUUUGUUGUUUCUUUGCCUAAAAACAUGCUUUCAUUGGUUAGUUCAUUAUCCUGGAGCUGCAGAGGGACUUUAUGUAGCAUGAUCCAUGCUCAGGUGUUGUACUGUUUCUUAGAAUUUUCCAGCAACUUCGAUGGGAGGAAUUUUGUUUGAGCUUGUGGGCCCAAUUCAUAUCAGUCGCGACCCUGGGACUAUCUCACGUCCUGCGGCGAGCUUGCAGCGCUGCUGUGCCUCGGAUACGCGGACAAGUCACUACUUGGGACUAUUUACACCCCUAAAAGGGAAACACACAGAUGAAGUUGCUAAAUCCAAGCAAUCAACUGUCUCCACAAAAACAAAGAAGUUUAAGGAAAUUCAAUUUCAGAAACUUCAGAGAUUGCCAGAUGGGUGCCAUCCUGAUUUUGAUAAUGAUCAUCUGUGUUCUGUAAAUAAUCAUGACCUGCUUCCUGAAAUGAGUACUCUAAGUGCUGACCUUCAUCUACUUCGUGAGACAGGAGUGGAAAACAUGAGGACACCUAAAAGUCUUCACGCUGAACUUAAGCGUGAGCUGUUAAAGCUAAAUACGGUGUUAAAGCUACCAGAUAAUGUACUCUUUCUGGCCAACCAGUUCCUUGAAUAUCUUUUAAAUAAUCAUUUAGUUGUGCGGGAGCCACGGAGCAUACUGCAUGUGUUCAACAUAGCCUUGUGUUGGCGUGCUGCUUCUUUUCUGAAAUACACUGAGUUGGAUCGUCGAGAAUCACUUGCCCUUGCUUCAGAUGGAUUGAAUUAUGAAUGCAAUGAGGCUCCAUCAUAGGCAGGCUUAUAGGUUCGUAGUAUCGUUAGGACGGGCAUCUUACUAUAACAAUAUAAGACACAUUUUGUAUAUAUAACACAUGUGCAUAUAUAAGUUAUCGAGAUAUUAUA